AUGGGGCAUUGUCGCGAGGUCAUCAAUCAUGACGACGACGACGACAAUAACAACGACGAAGACUACAACUACGACGACGACGGGGACGACAACAACGAUAACAACGACAACGACGACAGCGACGACAGUGACAACGACGAAGACAAAGACAGCGGCGAGGGAGACGACCAGCUACUAAUUAGAGGCCAUGGACCAUCGAACAAAAUCGUCUUUUCUGAACAACAGCGCCAAAAUGCUCACGGUCUCGAUGAUGUUCUCCGAGUCGUUAGCGCUCUUAACCUACGACGAUACCCGCAAGAGGAGCUCACUGAGGAGGAAGUACUAGGUGAAGGCGAGACCUACGUCGUGAAGAGAUGUGCGGUCAAGGGAGGCGACUGUGUCGCCGUCAAGCAGCUUAAGAUCAACGAUGUAUCUGAUGACAAGCUAUUCCGCCGUAGACUGGGCUCGGUCAUUUUCGAGGCUCAGAUUAUGAGACAUCCUCCACUGAGAGCUCACCCUAACCUCCCAUCAGCACUCGGAUAUGGAUGGAGCCUUCGCGGAGCAUCAGUCAUUCCCUACCUCGUCGUCGAAUACGCACCUCUUGGGACACUAAGAGAGUACAUCAAAACAGCCAAGCCUCGUCUUGCCGACGUAGAGAUUCUGCUUGGCGACGUAUCUUCGGCCUUGUCGGCGCUGCAUACAUGUGGCAUAGUCCAUGGCGAUGUCAAGUUGGAUAAUGCACUGGUCUUCCCGUCCUGGGAUCGCCCAACCAAGGCUCUUGCGAAGAUAACAGACUUCGGUCACGCAAUUAUCUUGAAUGACACGGCAGGCAGCCAGAGUGACGAUGACGAGAUCAUUAAGUACGGGGGCACUCUUCUGUAA